UAAAAACGCCGAAAUACUUCAUCAGUCAUUCGUUUGUGCUCCCUGUCGUCAUAUUUGUGUUGUGUCAUUUAAAGAAAAGUUAGGUUAGGAUUAGUGUUUGCAAACAAUUUUUAAAAAAUCCAGUUUGUUUUUUUGUUUUAAAUUCCAGUCAUGACUUUGACUGACAUGUGUUUUUUGGCAAAUCUUCCAUCGUAGCAAUGUAUAAACAUACGUUUUACAAUGGCAGAUUUACCUAGCAUACCUAGUUCAGUAACUAAUAAAGUCAAAAAAUUGAAGAACAUGACACUAGUUGAAUUAAGAGAAUCUUUGCAAAGAGAGAAUGCAAUUCUGAAGAAUAAGAAACUUAUUGAUAAAUUGCGUGAUAAAGGAGCAUCAAUUGAAAAAUUUAGAGAUCGAAUAGCAGCUGAAAUAAAUUAUCGAGAGGGUUUGGAGAUACAAGACGCAAUGAGUAAUUUGGACAUAGCCGAUUGCCAGCAUGUAAAACAUAUAUGUGAAAUAGAAAAGAGGACAUCUGGUACUGAAAGAUAUAAACCAUCUUCUACCCUAUGUCACACCAAAGAAAUUAAUCCACAGAGCAAGGCUGUCAAGCUUAUAGAAGAUUGUAGGAGUUCACAACAACCUUCAAAACUAAUACCACUUGAGGAAUCUCUUUGCAUACUAAAACAACAAGAAGAAAGGGUCAAGGAAGAGCAAACAAAGGUAAGGCAAGAAUCUUUGAUGGAAAGACUCCGAAGAGAUUUACGUGAAGAGGAGGUUAUUUCAUCAGAAGCAAGUUCUGCAGCAACAUCAACUAUGAGUUCUAGAGAAAGCUUAGUCAAUAUAGAUGAUAGCUGAUUGAAGUAUUCUGAUAUCCAUUGGUUUUCUUUGUUUUUAAUCCGCCGCAAAUAAAAAUACUUAUAAAUAGUAAAUAUAUAUUUGAAUCAUCCAAAGUUACAUUACAAUCCAAUUGGGUAUCACAAAAUAUGUAAAGUUUACAGUAUAUAUAAAUCAAAUUCAAGCGGAUAACCAAAUGGAAAUGGUAUUUACCAUUUUGGAUUGGUAUUUACCGAUCCGUUCAAGCGAGUGUGGUUAUCAGUUUGGUUAUAAGAUCCGUGACGUCAUGAAUCAGCUGUUAUAUGUCGUAGUUAUCACCGCAAAAUUGUGGUAUUUACCCAACUCCGGAGUAGUUUUAUAUUUCUGGUUAUUAUUUGACAUGUGACAAGUUAGAAUUUUGUC